UUUGCAGCCAUGGAGAAAAAGCUUUAUUGCAUUUUGCCUUAUGCAUUCCUAAUUACCAUAACCUUCCCAAUGCUUUCUUCUGAAUCCAAACAACCUUUGAGCCUUGCAACUGAUCAAACUGCCCUUCUUUCACUCAAACAUACAUCUCUUUUACUUGCAACUAAUUGGACCAACUCCACCUCCGUCUGCAGCUGGAUUGGCGUCACUUGCAGCUUGCGCCACCACAGAGUAGCUGCCUUGAAUCUCUCCAACAUGGCUCUCUCCGCCACCAUUCCUCCACAGCUUGGACACCUCUCCUUCCUCGUCUCCCUCGACCUCUCCAACAACCUUUUCUAUGGAGAUUUGCCACACCAACUGUCUCUCCUUCGCCGUUUGAAGUUCAUAUCUUUCCAACUCAACAACUUCACCGGAGACAUCCCUCCAACUCAACUCAACAUUGGGUUACAUCGCUCCAGAGUAUGGCUUGGAAGGGCUAGUUUCAACGAGGUGUGAUGUGUAUAGCUACGGGGUGAUGUUGAUUGAAACUUUUACGAGAAAAAGGCCAAGUGAUGAUAUGUUUUGUGGAGAUAUGAGCUUAAAGAGAUGGGUCGAACUCUCACUUUCAGAGAUCCCACAUGAAGUGAUAGAUGUCAACUUAGUCAUGAAUUUGGAGGAAGAAAUGAUUGACAAAAAUAUGCAGUGUGUAUCAUCCAUACUUGAAUUGGCUCUGAAAUGCUCUGCCGAGUCUCCCGUGGAUAGAAUCAACAUGAAACAAGCACAUGCAGAGUUGCAGAAAAUCAAACAUCGAUUUUCCCAAUGAGAUUCAAGUAAGCUAUUUUAAAGUUCUAAGAUAAUAUUGUUCUAUUACCAUUUUAUUGAUGCUCAAGGUUUUUCUAUCCCUCUUUCCUCCAUAUUUUAUGUUCUUGAGAUUACAUAUUUUAUGGUAAAAAAAAAUUCGGUCCCCGUAAAAAUUCAGCCCCCGAACUAAAUUCCUGCCUUCGCCACUGGUUAGACCUCUCUGUGGCCAGUAGUUAGUGAUGCUUAGUUGUUUAUAUUGUGGCCAACAGAACAAUAUUUGAAUUGACCAAAAGCUCACACUUUAAUUGAGAAGGUAUGCUAAUAUCUGGAAUAAUUGUGUCUCUGUUUCUUCUUAUGCUUUAUCCAUGCUACAAGAAAAAUGCUAACUUUUCAAGAGCUUUUUUCUUGUGUUUUACUUUCUAGUUAUUCCAGAGAAGCCGCGCAGGUCAUAUGCUCACUUUGUCACACUGAAACAUGAGGUUGGUUUUUCUCAUUUUACUCUAUAUAUACUCAUGCAUCUUCAUGAACAAGAAUUUGGAAACCUCCACACUACCUGCAAUGAAGCAUGGCUGCUAGAAGUCUAGAACUGUUGUGUCUCAGUUAAGCUGAAUAUAGUUAUUAAUGUCAAACAUGUAUAUAGAAGUUCAAAACAUAAUACGAGAAAAUGGGGAAGGGAAGUUCAAAUAUAUGUUUACUGAUCACAGUGCGACAAAAGAAGUUAAUUCAUCAACAAAUCAAUUGAUAGAGAAAAUUAAUGGAGAUCACCUAAAGCUCAAAGAUGAUCAAUUCAUGAAUAAUAAAGCUCAAAAAAUGAGUCUUAUCAAACUUUCUUGAAGGAAACUUCUGUAGACCAUGGAAAUAUAAGAAUUUACCGGCAAAUUUCUACAGUCACACUGAAGGAGGUAUGAGCAAUCAAAUUCAGAUAAAAAGAACGCCUCCAAUCUAUAACUAAUGAAUUCCCACCAACUAAUUCAUCCAACUGCAACACAAAAGGAAUAUUGAGUUGAAUGUAAUAGAAAGUAAACAAAUAUCUCAGCAUGCCAUGCAAAGCUGCUUAAUAAAAAAUAGAAGUAGAUAAUUAAGCAUGUCAAAACUUAAUAUAGAAAAAGUAUUCAACUUAGCAUGCCACAGUUCAAACCACAUAAUGCAAAUUUAAUUAUGUGCAGUGCAAACAUCACUACGCACCAAAAUGAAGAGCUCAAUUAAGUGCUUCUCGAAGAGGAGGCAGGAUAUCUUCGAUAACACGGGUUCAGUCGGAAACUGUGCAAUCACCGAAGAAUACAAGAGAUCGGAUGAGCUCAAACUCGCACUCACAUAAACUAUGUAUAUAUAUAAAAUACUGAUCACAGGUAAGGAAUAAAACACGUGGAAAUUUUUAUGACUGAGUUUUGGUGAAACUUUAUCUAUUAUUCACAGUAUGGCAUUCAAAAGAAUCGAGAAGGUGAAGGUCGCGCUUCAUUAGUUAUGCAUUCAAAAAUAAAAAAUUUACAUGGAUUUUAAAUAUAGAUGGAUGCACAAAAACAGAGGAAACACUUGCGAAAUUGACGAAUUCCAUAACAUGGAUUGAAGAAUUCCAGAGGAAACACUUGCGAAAUUGAAGAAAUAGAUGGAUUUUACAUAUAUAGAAUUCCAAAACAACAAUAACAUAGGAAACACUUGCGAAAUUAAUUCCGACGCCAAAAGCCAAAAAUACAGAGGGACGACGCCAAAUCGAAGUCUAGAUUAUUUAAACUUGAGGACGACUACUUUACCUGGUCUAUGGGAAUGGCGGAAUCUGCUGUUGUCUGGGAAGAUCGAAGAUGACGACUGUUGUUCAAGGGGAAUGGCGGAGCGUCCAAGGUCGUUUUUCUCUCUCAAUCGGUGACUGAUGUUCUAUGGGAAAGGUUGAAGACAACGACUGUUAUUGAAUGGGAAUGGCGAAUCACGUUGGCUAGGCCAUUUUUUGUAUUCGAAAAUGAAAUUCAAAAAAAUAAUCUGAAGUGUUGAUUGUUGAAUCCCUCCAGACACCCAAUCUGGCGCUCUUCGAUGGAUUAUUAAUCAAGAGAUUUCAGGCGUUUAACUGCGGGCUAUCGGGCUCCAGCGGGCCGCUUUGCUUAAUAACAGAAGCUAGCAAACGUGAACAGUCUUGCCUUACCAAAGCUAGCAAUAAUUAUCUAUACGCAAAAUCUUAUGUGCGGUUGGUCGCACCGCAUGAGACGGAUUUGCCCGACCCAAUUAGAGAUCUAGUUCGACCCAAAACAAGAAAAUAUAAAAGCUCUUUUUACAAUUAGUUUUCAUUUUCCUCACUUUUUUCCUUGCGGUUUCUCUCUUCUCCCUCUAGUCUUCUCUUCACCGAAAAAUCUCCUCUCGCUCUCAAGUCUUCUCCUUCCUCUACACCGCCGCGACCGAGCUCAAGAUUCAAACCGUGAUGAAGCCUCCGCCGCCCCGAUGCCGGCCCCCACGGCCAUCCUCCACUUGUUGGCCUAAUCUCUAGUCAAAAUUUUGAUCGACUACUAUAUGAAAUAAUAGCAAGUCUAGACAUCAUAAGUUGCAUUUUGUGAUUCUAUUAUGGAGGCAUAUUGCUAUUGAUUAGGGAAUUGUUGCUUCUUGUGUCACCUGUUUCGUUUCAGUAAUUUUUUCUUAGCUUUGAUGAACUAAUUUAAUUAUUUGGCCCUGCU